AUGUCCAGAGAUGAUGGUUCAAUCCAGAGAUCACACGAGGCACUCAGUGGCGGGUCCACUGUCAACACAAGCUCAGACGAUUUGACAUCUUUACCAGCAGAUCAAGAAUUACUUAUUGGAGAAGAUCAACAAAAAUCUAAUUAUAAUGAAGAAGAAGAUGAUCCAUUAGGUGUCAAGAGAUUAGCAUUAAGCUUUGAUUAUCUACUAUACAAAAUCACCGAGAAAGUUGAUUCAUUGGCUCAACAAACUGAAUUAAGUGUAUUGAGUAAAAAAAAUCAAGUUGAUGUUCAAUUAAUUGAUGUAGAAAAUUCAAUGAAUAAUUUGAAAAAUUUAAUUAAAAAUUGUGAUGAAUUAGAUAAUGAAUUUUCCAUGGUUGAACAAAUUAAUUAUAUUGUUAAUGAUUUCAAACAUAGAAUUGCAGAUUUGGAAAAGAAAGUCACACAAAAGUGA